GUCUGAAAUAUUUUCAUAGUAUUUCACUAUUUGCUCGUUGUUUUUCCCUGAAUUUCUUAAGUUCCCCAGUAUUAUCUUCGAUACUGACCUAUAAGGAAGAAAAACAUUUGUUUCUGUAGCACAUAUGGCUAUAUUGUAGCUUGCUUGAACGAUUAAAAAACAAAGUAAAAACGUCGUCCAAGACGAAAGAAUAUGGCUUCCAAGGCUUUGAGCAAAACAAGCCGUGCCGUCUGGUAUUUUCCCAACUUAAGAGCUUUUGUAAACCGGACAAGAUCAAGUAUGGUGGCAUAUAUGCAGCUGAGCACAUCUAGUAUUGGAACUGCUAGCCAUAGGGACAAAAAGAUAACUGGACAACAGUGGUCAGAAAAGAGACUUGGGCCAUUUGCACAAAAAGAUCCAAGGUUUCCUCUGCCUGGUAAUAUGGGUAUUCCAGUGGACAAGAAAGAGGAUGAUAUAACUACCCCUAUAUCUACAAGAAACCUUGUCAAUGUUUUCCUUGAAGUAAAUGCUGAGGAUUCUCAAAAACUUAGAUCUCUUGGAUCUUUCCUAAACGACCUUGAGGAAGAAGGAAUGGACUCGGCAACAGCUAGUGAAAAACAAGAAGUUAACAAGGAACAGAUUGGGACAGUGGAAUGCACCAUACAGACCUGCCCUAAAAUUCUUCAUCGUGGUUUCAUGGAGCUCUUCCCAGAAAAAACUCUUAAACCAGGUGAACUAACAGUAAUAAGUGUUAGUCAGCACUCUAAGAAUGACAUGAGCAUCUGGUCAAUGGAGGUUCAAGAAGAGCGAGAAGCCUUAAUGAAGAAUUUUGUUGAGAGUGCUAAAGAGAUUUGUGGCAACUUGUCUGCAGCUGGUUAUUGGGCAGACUUUAUUGACCCAUCAUCAGGCACAGCUUCCUUUGGUCCCCGUACCAACUCCACCUUGUUUGAGACAGAUGAUAGAUUCAACCAUCUUGGCUUUGAUGUCCUUGAUCUUGGCUGCUGUAAAGCUAUCAGUCACCAUCUCUGGGGAACACAUGCAUUUGUUGGCAGCAUCUUUACUAAUGCACCAGCAGAGUGUGAAAUCUUGGGCCAAGCCUUACAAAACUGAUAGCUGAACAGCACAAUAAUAUAGAAAGUAACUUAUGAAAAAUAAUGGAGGCAAAAAAAAAAAAGUUUGGAAAUUGUCCUAGUGGUGUAAUGGUAUACUUCAGACUACCUCUUAGAGUAUUGCAUCCAUCAUGGGAUACCUUAGGGUACCUUAUGUAUUGCACUAUGGGAUAUGUCAGGGACUUUAUUACAUUGUCAUAUGUAUCACCCCAAAGGGACACAUCUAGAAAACAAACUAAGACAACCUUAAGGAAGUUAUAUUUUUUAAUAUCCGAAGUACCUAUGAUUUCAACUUAUUUUCAAUAAGAAGAAUUGAAAGAAAAGAAAGUCAAUGUUGAUGGCCCUUGAACACUAAAAAGAAGGAAAAACUUUAACCAAACAAAAA